AUGUCCUCUACAGAAGCCGCCGACCGGAGCGACGAUGUGCGCGUCCUUGGAUACGAUCCGCUGAUCCCCCCCGCACUGCUCGCCGCCGAGAUCCCCAUCCCACCACAUGCAGAGAAGACGGUCGUCCAGGGUCGCAAGGACGCCGCCAAGAUCAUUACACAACAAGAUGACCGUCUGCUGGUCAUGGUCGGGCCCUGCUCCCUCCACGACCCUGAGCUGGCCAUUGAGUACUGCCAGCGGUUGAAGGCGCUUGCCGACAAACUCCAAGACAAUCUUUGCAUCAUCAUGCGCGCUUACCUCGAGAAGCCCCGGACAACGGUUGGCUGGAAGGGUCUGAUCAACGACCCCGACAUUGACGAGAGCUACCAAAUCAACAAGGGUCUCCGCGUCUCCCGCAAGCUGUUCGUAGACCUCACAUCCGCUGGCAUGCCCAUUGCCUCUGAGAUGCUGGACACGAUUUCUCCACAGUUCCUCGCAGAUCUCAUCUCGCUUGGUGCUAUUGGUGCGCGAACGACGGAGUCACAAUUGCACCGUGAGCUCGCCUCAGGUCUCUCCUUCCCAAUUGGCUUCAAGAAUGGCACCGAUGGUGGCUUGACGGUAGCCGUGGAUGCUAUCGGCGCAGCGGCAGCGAAGCACCACUUUAUGGGUGUGACCAAGCAAGGUCUAGCUGCCAUUACCCGGACAGCUGGCAACGAGCACUGCUUCGUCAUUCUCCGUGGUGGAAGCAAGGGUACCAACUUCGACAAGGAGAGCAUCAAGGGCGCCAGGGAAGCAUUGAGGAAGAAGAAUCUGCCCGAGGUCAUGAUGGUUGAUUGCUCCCACGGCAAUUCCAACAAGAACCACCGUAAUCAGCCCAUUGUCGCCAAAGAUAUCGCUGACCAGAUCCGCAAUGGAGAGACUGGGAUUGUUGGUGUCAUGAUCGAGUCAAACAUCAACGAGGGCAACCAAAAAGUCCCCGCCGAAGGUCCCGCGGGCCUGAAGAAGGGUGUCUCCAUUACAGAUGCGUGUAUUGACUGGGAGAGCACCGUGACGGUCCUCGAGGACCUCGCCUCUGCUGUUGCAGAGAGGAGAGCCAAGAAGACAGAGGCCAACGGUGCGCACUAA